AGUUUGCUAGUUUUCAUUGUGCACAUAUCCCUCUCAUACAUAUAAUUAAUUUGGAUAAUAUACAUGGAAGAAGCUAUGAAAAUGAAGAAGGUUGUUAUAGUUUUGGUGAUUCUAUGUGCAACUCUCCAAAUUGGUUCAUCUCUAAUUGAUGGAUUAUUACCAAAUGGUAACUUUGAGCAAGGUCCAAAAUCAUCACAAAUGAAGAAUACAAGAGUAAUAGAUCCUCAUGCUAUACCUCAUUGGGAACUCUCAGGUUAUGUAGAGUACAUAAAAUCAGGACAAAUGCAAGGUGACAUGUUACUUCCAGUACCACAAGGGGAUUAUGCUGUUAGGCUAGGUGAAGGUGCAUCACUCAAAACCAAAGUCACAAGUGUCACAAAAGGAACAUUUUACUCCCUAUCUUUUGUGUUUGCUAGGACUUGUGCUCAAGAAGAGAGACUUAAUGUGUCAGUUUCACCUAAUAGUGAACCAAAAGAUUGGGGUAUGUUGCCAUUACAAACAAUGUAUAGUAGUGAUGGAUGGGAUACUUAUUCAUGGGGUUUUUUGGCUGAGGCUAAUGAGAUUGAUAUUGUGUUACAUAAUCCUAUUGCUCAUGAGAAGGACCCUGCUUGUGGACCACUUAUUGAUUUUGUUGCUCUCAAGGCUUUGAAAACAACACAUAGACCAAAAGACAACAUGUUGAAAAAUGGAAACUUUGAGGAGGGUCCAUACAUCUUCCCUAACACAAGUUGGGGUGUUCUAAUUCCUCCCAACAUAGAAGAUGAUCAUUGUCCAUUGCCUGGAUGGAUAGUUGAGUCUCUCAAGGCCGUAAAAUACGUCGACGCCGAUCACUUCACGGUUCCCGAGGGCAAGCGAGCCAUCGAGCUAGUCGCGGGACGAGAAAGUGCAAUAGCACAACAAGUGAUCACUAAAACCGGAAGGAUUUAUGAUCUCAUAUUCUCAGUUGGUGAUGCUAACAAUGCUUGUGAAGGGUCUAUGGUUGUUGAGGCAUUUGCUGGCAAUGUUGCAUUACAGUUUCAAUAUGUGUCUAAAGGCAAAGGUGGGUUCAAACGUGCUAAGCUUAGGUUUACAGCAAUGUCUCAACGCACUAGGGUUAGGUUCUUGAGCUCCUAUUAUCAUAUGAAGAGUGACAACUCUGGCUCCUUGUGUGGUCCUGUCAUCGAUGAUGUUAGGUUAGUCAGCGUUCGCAAUCCACGUAUCCCAUAGGUCAAUUUACUACGUUAUAUGUGUGCCUCUUUGAAAUCAUCAUCUAUAUUAUAGUGCAAUUGUUACUAAGCAAGAGAUUUAAAUUAUUUGGUGUUUCAGUGUAACGUCUUACAUGUACUUAUCAAAAUUUCAAGAAAUCAAAUGAAGUUAUGUUAGUCUAUUUAUUCCACGA